ACCCUCUACUUUUUGUUUUGACAGGGAACUUACUGAGCUGAGGAUUUUUGGUCUGUGAGAGCAGAUCUAUCAAUGGCUUCAAAUACCAUAAACUUCAUUACUUGGAAUGUAAAUGGACUUAAGCGACACAGAGAUCAGAAAUUUCAAGAACUACAAAACGUGGAUGUUAUUUUAUUUCAAGAGACGCACAUUGGAGGAGGAGAUGAAAAUAUUGUAGAAGACUUUAAAGAUGAGUGGCAUAUUUUCUACACAAAGUUUACCUCUUCCAGCAAGGGAUCAGCCAUACUAGUGAGGAAAACACUAGAUUUCAAAUACAUAAGUGAUGAAAAAGAUAACAGUGGAGCUUAUGUUGUGUUGAAAUGUAAACUGAAAGGUCAGCCGUACACUCUUGUUAGUGUUUAUAAUCAUCACACAGACACAAAAACCCUUGAUAAACUUUCAAGGUACCUGCAGUCAAUGACCACAGGGCUGCUGGUGAUUGGUGGAGAUUUCAACACAGUUCUCAAUAGAUUUAUUGACAAAAAAUGGAACAAUUUGACAAUCAACAGUUCUCAUAGUAAACUGCUGUUAUUUGUAGAGAAGUUCAUGAAAUCUCUUCAGCUGGUUGAUGUCUGGAGAAGAAAGAACCCCAUAAAGCAAGAUUAUACGUUCUACAUUAAAGACUCUCCUGUGUCCAGGCUGGAUUACUUCUUUGUUCCAGAAGAAUGUAUGUGGCUUGUCGGAGUUUGUGAAAUAAGAGACUCAGGGAAAAGUGAAAACAAAGACCACCGGCCUGUUUCUUUAGAGAUCAACAUCCCUGCGAUGCCUAUUCAGAAAGAUCCACAGGUACAAACAAUCUUCCAAUGGCUGAAUCUAAAAAAGGAUCUUUUGACAGAUGAGACUGGUUCAUCACUGGGUGAAGAGAGCUCAAAUGCAGUCAGUGAGGUUGACAUUGUGUCAGCUGUACAAUCUCUUCAAGUGUCAGACACACCAAGACCAGAUGGCACCCCAGCAUCCUCCUAUAAAGACAAAAUUCAGGAUCUAAUUUUAUACAUAAAGAUGCUCUAUGACAGAAUCCACAGCGGUGCGUUUAACUGCUCUGAGACACACUUUAAUGAAACUGUGAAGAGUCCACAUGAUGAUAGUCAACACUUUUUUAAUGUCGACUACCUCAUCAUUGCAACUAUUCUAGCAAGACGCCUAGAUGAUGUCAUUGAGUCCCUUCCAAAGGGGCGGAUACAAAGAGAGUCAGCUGCUGUCAUGAUCACUCCCAAAACACAUCAUGCUUUAAUAAGUUUGAGCCAUAUUAAGGAUGAGCUAGAACAGCAAAAACGGUCAAACCCGACUCUGAGCCAGGAUCUUCUCAUUAUAGAAAAUCUCCUCAGUGAUGCAAAAGAACAUUUUUCAGUUGAGAAAUACAAACUGCUACAUCAGGGCUGCCCUUUGACCCCAGGACUCAUAAUGUUGGCUCUAAAAAGCUAUGCCUCACAGUUAUUUGGACAUUUAGAAAAGUCUGGGGUUUUCAUUUUCAAACAAAGUGUGAUAGUUUGCUUUCAACCCGAGGACCUAGAAAUGGUCAAAGCUACUGUGGAGAACAAUACUACUGAAGUAUAUGAAAUAGAGAUAUUAUCCAAAGGAAAUGGUGAACUGCUAAAAUUAAACUGCCUAGGAAUUUAUGCUAAGGAUGAGGACUGGGACAAAGAAUCAGAAGAAAACUGCUCUAAAGCAGAUGAAAUGGAUGAUGGGAGUAAGGUGUAUCAAGAGAGUGAAUAUGAGUCUAAAAUCUCUGAAGAAGAUGAAUCAAUGGAAGUUGAUGUAAGUAGAUCAGCCAUUUCUGGACCACUGAAAGAAGAGAUGGAAACAUUUCAUGGGAUGAAGAAGAAUACACCUCCACUUCUUCCUGUACCAUCACAAUCUUCAUCUUCCUCUGAUGGUACUAAAAGAAAGCGUGAUCAUAAAUCAUCCGACUUGAGUAUAGAGUCACCGCUGACAACAGAUGAGAUCAUGGAGAAGGCGAGGCAAAUUAUGAAUAAAUUUCCCAAAAACGUAGAUCAAAUAGAUAAAGGCAGCAGGAAGAAGGCAACCAUUGGGAUUUUUGGAACAUCAGGAGAAGGGAAGAGCUCCCUAUUAAGUGCAAUAUUGGGGAUAAAGUAUCUACUGCCAUCUGGUUGUUUUGGUGCCUGUACAGCCGUUGUUACUCAGGUGGAAGCCAAUCUGACUGACUCCAACUACACAGCAGAGAUUGAACUCUUCUCUAAAGAGGAGUGGAAGAAAGAGCUCGAAGAUCUUUUCAGAGUUUUGUCAGGUGAAAGUGAGGACAGGAAUGAUGACUUGUUUGAAAUUGCUGUAGAAAAGAUCACUGCACUGUAUGGAGCUGAUGCAGACAGGAAAACAUUAGAAGAGCUCCAGAAUGAUGACAAAUUUGCUGAGAUUGAAAGGUUCACUAAUAAGGAAAGAUGCAGUUUCUCAAAAAGUAAUGUCUCUGAAUUUAUCAAUGAUCUUGCAAGUUACAUACAACACAGCGAGUCAAGUUUCGGUGACUGGUACUGGCCGCUUGUGAAGAGUGUGACGAUCAAGAUUCCAGAUUGUCGUGAACUUCUGGAGCACAUUGUGCUUGUUGAUAUUCCAGGAUCUGGAGACUGCAACAAGAUUAGAGAUGAUCUGUGGAAAUCUAAACUAACAGAAUGCUCUUCUGUGUGGAUUGUAAGUGAUAUCAAGCGAGCAACCACUGACAAAGACCCCUGGGGGAUUUUAAAGCACUGCACUGAAGAACUGGGACCAGGAGGAGAAUGCAAAAGAAUCAACUUUAUCUGUACAAAGACAGAUGAUAUCAAUCCAUCAGCCUAUAUAAGAUGUGAAAGGCUUACCCUAGACCAGAACCAAGAAGACAAGGUACAGAAAAAAGUGUGCAUACUUCAUAGAAAUGACCAUGCCAAGACAAGGGUGAAAGAAAAGUUUGAAAAUUCUGAAAUCAAGAAAAGAUUCAGCAGUGUUUUUCUUCAAGUAUUUACUGUAAGCUCCAAUGCAUUCUUCGACAUCAGUUUCAAUCUGAAAUCUAUCGAAACAGAAAUCCCAAGGCUGCAGGAUGAUCUGAGGAUUCUUAAUAAGAACAUUAACAGAGAGCUGACCAGAGAUUAUGUCAAUGAAGCAAAGGGAGUUUUGUCCUUGAUCCAAAGUGUCCAGCUGGAUUCAGACAAGAAAACGGCUGAAAUGAAAGUCAGUAUCCGCAAAACAAUUGAAGAGAACCUAACGAAGGCACUACAUGAACUGGACAAUCGUUUUGAGACCAUUUAUAAUGAUCUGGAGCAGUGUCUCUCAAAGGGAGUGGAAGAUUCAGUGCAAUCAUGUGUUACUUCCACAAAGGCAUUAAUAGCACCUAAAAAAGAUAGAAGAGGAUUCCAUAAAACCCUUCAAGCUUUGUGUAAGAAUCACGGGUGCUUUAUGCCAAGAAAAAUGGAUCAAGACCUAGAUCUGAAUAAGAAAUUGGUGAAACCCCUGCAUGAAUCCAUUGAUGAAGAUUUCAAUUUGAUAUUUCCUGUGAGUGGAAAAACAGGAAGGUCAGUGCAGGAACAGAUUGACAAAUUCAGUAUCAUCCAGAAUGACUCUGCUAACCCUGGACCUCCCACAUUACGUCACAUUCAGAACUUCAUCAAAAUAGAGGAAACCAAACUGAAGGCAUCGCUAAACAGGGAAAUUGUUGAAAUAAAGAAAGACAUCCAUUUGUCAAUUAAAAAAACUAUUGAGGAUGAAAUGACUUCCUGCUAUGACAAAGCUGCAAAGAUGCAUGGGAAAAAAUCCAUGCAGAAAAGGCAAGAACUGUUAAUAACCACAGUUGAUACGAUAAAACAAGACAUGUUCAACAAGGCAAAAAUGAAAGUGCUUAAAAAGUUCAAUAACUUAAAGCUGUACAUAAAGGAUGCUCUUCAAUCAGGAGUAAAGAGAUCAAUGGAAAUGUCACUGUCAAAAAACAGCAAAAUCAGAAUUAUGGAUGUUUCCAAAGAGGCUGAACAACUGGAGAGCCUGUCAGAGCAACUGUCAGAGUAGGUCAUCAAGCAAUACAAUUCCAAGAAAACGUCUCUGUAACUGUAACCCUUGUUCCCUGAGAAGAGAACGAGACGCUGUGUCGUAUGAAGACACUUUGGGGAACGCCCUCGGUGCGCAAGCGUCUGAAGCACGUGUUUAACUAGUCUAAUCUUGAUUGGUGCUGCGUCAUGACGUAACAUUUGACGUGGCAUGUAACGGGCGUACACGGAAGCUACA